AUGUUAAAUCCACACCAACUCCCACCUCCGGUGAGCGCAAAACCUUAUCGCCGUUUCUUCGAUUUAUGGAACUCGUCCUCGACCGGCCACCAGAGAGCAGACAACAGUCUCGUAGGAAGCACGAGUUGGCGUGAGUCGCGCAGUCUGAAACUUAGCAAUCAGUUUGGUGGUGGAGCUUCCGGCGGUGCUCGGCUUGCAGACACUGUUGGCGCUAGCAGUGAAGACUUCGGUGAAGACGGCAGAUUGGGAAAUGGAAGCUGGGCCAAGGGCGCACCUGAAGCUUUUAGGGUCAGGAAAGUUGGCGUCGAGGAUACGGCGACCGAGAAGGCGAAGGCAAAGGUUAUGGUGUUUGCAGGGACUUGCAUCCAUAUCAAUGGCAGCACAUACCCAACAAUCCUGGACCACAAGUUAAAACAUCUGCUCGUAACCCAUGGUGCACAUCUUAGCAUUCACCUUAGUCGUCGCUCUAUAACUCACAUCAUCUUAGGUCGGCCGAAUGCGUCGGCUGUUCUAGGUGCUAGUGGUGGCCUUUCGGCUUCGAAGAUGCAGAAAGAGAUAACCAAGAUCAGAGGCAACAGUGUCAAGUUUGUCACAGUCGAGUGGGCCAAAGAGGGCGUGGCUAACGUAAGAAGAGCACCUAAACAAAGAUUCGAGGCUAUGAGGCUGGCUCUAAAGGAUACAGGAAGAGUUGGGCAGAUAUUUACGAAGGCUGCGAAGAAGGGACGAGAAGAUACGACGCAGCAGUAG